CAAAUGACCUACAUGAGAUAUAUCGGGAGCUGAGAGACAGGGAGCAAUAGUCGCCGGACUACAGAUACCCGGGGGUGUUUGCUAUUCCCACCUACGCGCAGAGGUGCCUUGUCUGCAAGAUACCACACCCUCUUUGGUAGAUUUGUGCCAGCGUACUGGGACUUUGUUGGUCUAUAUUAAAAUGUAGGGCACGUCGCUGACGCCGGCCUCCACCUGCCUACCCCUUCCAAACCGAUUCCCGCAGUCAUAAAUGGUCUUGAUCCCUUCACAACUCUCCACUUUGUCAGCCUGUAUCCUCUGCUGCUCAAGGCUUCCCCCCCUGCUCCAUUCUGUUUUCAUUCUAAGGGAACUCCGGCAGAGAUGUAUAGCAACGCGGACAGUAUGGAAUUUGCGGCCGUGCAUCGGAGGGUUGCUCCGGACUCGACUCUGCCAUUACGUCCACUACAACCUCGGUCUUCCCGGCCUAACGCAGGGCUCUUCGAAAAUCCAUUUUCCCGCGGGCAAGCAACCAGUACGAUCCCAGAUUUUGGGUUUCUAGAGCCGACUUCCUCUUCUCCAUUGAGCUUCCGGUCUGGCUCUUCGUUCUCCCAGGAGUCUUGCGCAGAUUCUUGGGACAGGCUUUCGACUGGACCACCGUCGCCCCGAUCGCCGAAGUCGAGACACGGCCUUGAUGAACUUGGCCGACUGGACUGGAUACCGGCUCGAAGCGACAGUCUUAAACGAAAAAGCAACUCAGCAGAUGGAAGCUACAAGAAAGUAAGGCUUCCGGGCGCGCUUCCGGGCGUGGAUCGCCUUCUGGUGCCUUCGGAGCAUGAGGGCCAUCGCCGACCACCGUUAUCUCUUAGAUCUAAGGGGCACCUGUACACGCCGAGUUCUAGUCCUGAGCCUGGGCACGAUUGUGCACCUGCGGCAAAACCAACAACACAGCCAUUGGAAGACCCUAUUACUCAGAAGCUCAACCUCUGGAGGAAGGAAUCCGAUACUAUUAGAAGCCCUCUCCCGCAACCAGGAUGGCUAGAGAUGUCCUUAGAUAUUACGCUGGAUUACCGGAGCCCGCCCGCCUUCUACCGCCACCCGCCGCGCGACUCUCCCAGAUUUCACGAUCGCCGCCACUUACGACCUCGCCAACAGCCAUCGCCGCCCGGCGACAUUAUUCAGAAGGAGCGUGCUAGGUCAAAAGACAUACCUCACUGCAACGUUAAGUACGCGCUCGAGGAGAAGGAUUAUAUCCGAUUCAAUAAGGUCGAUCUGAAGCUCGCAUGGCGCGAGGUCAGGCGGCGAUUCCGGGGGAAGUUCCCCAUGGACCGCCGGAUUCAGGGCAUCCAGGGCAUCCACUACCGAGACAAUGACCACAUGCCUCACAUCGUCGACAAGGGGAGGACGCUUGUGUUCUUGCCCAACGGACACAUCAAGGCGAUAAGCGUGAAAGUCCGGGACCAGGGCGAUGACAAGCCGUACUUCGGUCUUAUUUAUCUCUAUCCUGAACGGGCUGUCGAGUACGAUUGGGUCCCGGCCAAGGACAAACAGGCAGCCGCUGAACUGGUCAAAGAACGCAUCCCGCAGCGGGAGCUCAAGAAGCAGGAGGCCAUCGCACGGGGAACGUGGGUGGAACGGCUGGAGACGGGCGAGUGUGCCUGCUGCCCUGAGCCGGACCGAGAGCGAGACACACAGAAAGGCCCCUACUCCGACAGCACCGAUGGUGUGGACCACAGCCUAGAGGACCAUAUGUGAAGUUACCAUUCGCGAAUGGCACGGAUUCCACGUAUAUGAAAAACAACCCGCAGCCGCGGUCAACAGGUAACUCGAAGACCCGAAACGACAUCAACAGCGAGACGUGUAGGCAAUUUACCAC